GAUUCUCAUGAUGACAUUGAUAUCUUACAAUAUUUAAAUACAUUUCUCCAAAUUCUCUCAAGUUGUCUUGAAUACCCUGGCCUGAGGCAAGGGUACAUUUACCUUCUGAAUGUGAAUGUACCAAUCCCAAGUUUUCAUCCCCCCGAAUCUGGCCUAAUCUGGCCUGUUCUCGUUGCCAAAAUCUGUUAUUUCAACUUUAGCAUACAGCAAUGUCUGAACUUCCUUGUUUGUGCAGAAAUCUGCCCAGAGUCUUACCUAACCUUCCCUAAAGGGCUUUGGGGCAUUAGAAGGCAGUUCUCCAGAUCACCCCUAUCACCCCUGCUUGGUGGGUUUAUGUAAACAGGCACUGACUACAGCCAAUUACAGCACCCAAUUAGCAGCCUUGUGGUGUGCCCUUCAGCCUGAGGAGAACCACAUGGUGCCUGGAGCUGACAGCUAGAGAAGCACUAGCUCAAACCCACCAGCUGCCUCAGCACUAGAUCUGCUUGCAGUGCAGAUUGACUUGCCACAGGCCAACCUUCCCCCUCCUCGGAAUUAGCCAGGACUAUCCUUGGGAGUAAGCCGCGUACCAGGAUGAAGACGUUAGCAGACUGUGUGCUUCUGGCGACGGCCCUGUGUUUGCUGGGAGUGGGAAGAUGGCUGAGUGGCUGCUCCGCCCAGUUCCUGGCCUCCAUGUCACAAUGCUGUACCCGGGGGUCCGAGCUUGCCAAGCAGAAUCCUGACCAGGACUGUGCCAACCUUCCUUACGGCCUGAUCAACGUCCAAUCAGAGGACAUCGAGAACUGCCGCAUCACCGCCAGGGUGUGCUGCCAUCGGGAGAGGAGGUCCCAGCAGUGCUAUGAUGGCAUCAUGCACGGACGGUCUGGUGGAGUCUGCAAGACACGGUUCUCAUUUGACGAAUGUGGAGGAAAAGAGUACAAGAAAUGUUGCGAGUGCUGCCAGUUGGGCCUGGUGGCUCACCGCCAGCUGCUGCGCUGUGACAUCUCCUCCGUCAAGGCGCUCAACCUGGGGUCGUACUGUGCCGAGGCGUACAAGGACUGCUGUCUGAACGGGAAAAUCAUCGCAACCACCAGGCCACCAACAGCCACCUCUGCACCCCUGCAGCCUCCAGGUAUGUGCGAGAGGUUUUUAGGCCGGCUGUGUGAGCACAUCUGUAUAAACACAGCAACAGGACACAUAUGCCGCUGCAGGGAGGGCUACCGACUACAGGCCGAUGACAAAACUUGCAUAAGAGACACUGGUAGUACCACCGGAGGUUUGAUUGGUACUGGCCAGGCCACUGAUGACUCCCUGUGUGAGAACUCCCCCUGUGAGCAGACCUGUAGGGAGACGGGGACCGGGGUCCAGUGUUCCUGUCUCCUUGGUUACCAACUCAACAGAGAUGGGACAUCCUGUGAUGAUGUGAACGAGUGUGCGUACAACACAGACGACUGUCAGGAAGGGCAGGAGUGCUUCAACACCAUGGGUUCCUUCACCUGUCGCCGCAUCCUAGGCUGUGGGACAGGGUACGAGAUGAACCCUGCUGGGGAAUGUGUCGAUAUGGAUGAGUGUGAGCUUGGUGUUGAUGAGUGUGAGGCAGGGUUCGAGUGCACCAACCAGCCCGGGUCCUUCCGCUGUGUGCCCAGGGUCCAGUGUGGCGUGGGCUACAACUACGACCGCACUGGCAACUGUGUUGACAUAAAUGAAUGUGAUGGGUCCAGCUGUCCGAGGGGAACAAAGUGCAUCAACACUGUCGGCUCCUACAGAUGUCAGCGUUUGGUGACAUGUGGUCCGGGUUAUGAGCUGAACGCGGACGAGAGUAAUUGUGAAGACAUAGACGAGUGUGCACGAGGAACACAUGACUGCCAGGGCCUGUCCGAGUGUAAGAACAACAGAGGGUCCUACAUCUGUCAGUGUCCUUCUGGCUACACGGCUGACCAGUCCACUAGAACCUGCCAAGAUGCAGAUGAGUGUAGACUGGGGCUCUGUCCCCCCAACUCCCUGUGCCAGAACUAUAUUGGGACGUACCGAUGCCAGUGCAGGAAAGGAUUCAUCGCAAACCUUGAGACCAAACGCUGCGCGGAUAUUGAUGAGUGUAUUCGGUUUGCUGGGCGAGUGUGUGCACAGACCUGCGUCAACACUGAGGGCUCGUACACGUGCGAGUGUCGCGAGGGUUUCGAACUGGCAGGGGAUAACAGAAACUGCAGAGAUUUGAAUGAGUGUGACAACAACCCAUGUGAACAGCGGUGCAUCAAUGUGUACGGGUCCUUCCAGUGCUCCUGUAACCGCGGUUACCGUGUUGCGAGUGACGGCAGAACGUGUGAGGACACAGACGAGUGUGCUCUGUAUACCGGGCAGGGUCAGGGGUCACUGUGCAUGCACGAGUGUGUGAACACACGCGGGUCGUACACCUGUAGCUGUCCACCUGGGUAUGAGCUGUUACAGGACGACCGCUCAUGUGCUGACAUAAAGGAGUGUGAUACAGGCUUACACAACUGCACAGCGCAGCAGGAGUGCUUCAACAUCCGCGGGGGGUACCGCUGCCAUGAUGUCACCUGUCCUGACAACUAUGUAAAGACCACGCCCACCCGAUGUGAGCAUAACCCAUGUCCGUAUGACGAUGAGGUGUGCAAAGCCGAGCCAACGUCCAUCAGUUUCAACUACCUAACCUUCCCCAGCGGCAUUCGCACGCCCGCAAACCUCUUCAAAAUGAGCGCCGCUCUCCGCUACCCCCAGGACAGAUUUGAGUUUACCCUGGCCGGGAACGAGCGGGAUUAUUUCAUGCUGGUGCAGGAGGACAGAUACAGCGCCAUCGUCAAGAUGGAGACACCAAUACCCGGCCCUGCGGAACACCAGCUGGAGCUGGAGAUGAAGAUGUUCCGGGAGUCGGAAGUCCGCAGUCGGAACGUUGCACGGAUCUUCAUCUAUGUCACCAAAUACACCUUCUAGUGACAUGGUGUAGGCUGUAGGAGAUUAGGUCCAUCAAAUAUGUGCCAGCACAAAACAUGUCAUGCUUUGACUAAGGUUUCAGAUGGGUAGUGAUCACUGGCUAGCAAAGUAAUUAAACAGAGGUGACUAAACUCUGUAGUAAGUCAGUAAGUUUCUAAAUCAUGGUUUGAUUGCUCUAAGUGCGCAUGACCCUUGCAUCACAUAAACCAAUUAUUUUUUUAGCUUAGAUAGAAAUAUGCUACAUGUAAUGAUAUAUGAUUGCUUUAUAAUUGUAAAGUUCAUACUACCUGUACAACACAGUAUUCAAAGCUUAUAAUUCUAUUUCUGCCAUGCACUUCAUGAAGAAAUUUGCAAAAUUGAUAUGGGUUAUGUGUCUUCUUACAUGUAGUGUUAUGUCAGAGCUUUUAAAAUGAGUGCUGGAAGAUGAAAUUUGCAGUAAAAUUAAAAUUGUGGUAUCCCUGAAUUUUAGGUAUGUGAACUCUAAGCAAAGGGACAGUCUUUAGCCAAAAAGUGUGACAAGGAUGAUGAAUAUAAAAAUAUGAUUUUGUAAGGGAUCCCCUAUGAAAUAUUGGUACUCAAUGAGAUUGUUAGAGAGGAGACAUAAGCAUACAAUUGCUUACUUUCUAGGCACAUAAGCAUGUACAGGCUUUAAGCAGGUAUAACAAGUAAUUCAAACCUUGAAAGGAUGCUAAAAAAAGAUCUCCCUAUCGUCUAUGUUGAAAUAUUACUGUAACAGCUUAUCUGAAUUGUGUUUUUUUUACUGUGCUAAACAAAUUGGAACUGUUACUCCUGCCCAGUCGUAUCAUUCCAUCUCCACAAAAGCUACCUAACAUGUUCAGUCAACAUCAUGUCAACCUCCGCAUUUAUGUGCUUGUCUAAUAUAUGAUUUCGUAUUCUAGCAGUUCCAAAACCUUUCAGAUCUCAAUUUCUUCUUUAUAUCUGGCUGUUUUGCCAUAAAUGGUAACCUCAGUUCCCUACAUAACAUCAGUUGCUCCACAUAUUGAAAGAUAAGGAAUGGAGAAUUUAAAAGUAAUGUCGAACCCUUGAAUAACCAAGUUAAUGUCUUAUUUUAAAUUGAUUACACGGUAGUAGAAUUUGAUAAAUGUGGUUUCAAGUUUGAGAAAACCACCCAGGAAAAUGUGUGGGAAUUUUGUCUAUUGUGAUCAAAAUAUGUCAUCAUCAUUGUUCAUUCAAAUCUUAAUCAGUAAUUAGUCAUUCCUAUUAGUCAUUUUAUAGAAGUCCAUGGUGUCUACCUAGAAAAUUGGGCAGUAAUGUUGGUCUUAUGUUAUGUCUAGAAAAGUUUGUUUUUGAUAAUUGUGUCUUCCAAACAACGUAGCAAUGACACACGCUAGCCUCCAUAGCAGGCUCUCUGGGGCCUUUUUUCUGUCUUUUUUCGGCCUAUAAUUGUCAAGCGACCCAGUACAAAAAGAAAUAGCCAGCAAAAGUGUAUUAUGAGCCAAAAAAAGAGUUUGAUAUGGAGGUUAGCAACAUGCCAGUUUUUGAAAUUGAAACAUUCCUUUUUUUAAAUUUUCCUGAGUAAUGGGCAGCUUCUCAUGAAUUUAAACAUGUAAUUUGUAAGCAUGUGUUUCUGAAUAGCAACUUUUACUAAACUAAAUAUUAUCAAGCAUUUAGAUGAUCAAGAAGAUCCAACAUUGAAAUUUAAUUCUUGAACCUUUAAACUCCAAAUCCUCUGAUCUGCUACCUGGAUACCAGAAAUGGAUUCAUCUAUCAAAUAGAAAACAGGGUUUGGGGUUCAAAGGUCCAAAGGUUUAAUUUUGCUGCUUUCGUUACAUUUAAUUUGAAUUGCUGUCAUCGUGCUGUUAUGUUAAAGAUGUAUUUUCCAAGCUAUCUGAAUAUUAUUGUCCCUUCGUUAUGUAUUGUUUUCCCAUAUUAUCAACUUUUAUACUUAAUGUUGCAUAUUACUCCAUACAUUUGAUGAACAUCAUUAUGAUAUAAAUGGUAAGAGUCCUACCACCAAAAGAUGACUUUUUGUACUAAGGAUAAUGUUUAGAAAUGCACCACAGCUUUCAGUAUGUUCAUGUAGCUUUGACCUUCAUUGAAAGUUUCUGCUAUCUACAUGCAACUUGCUGGCUUCAGUCAUUAAAGAUUACUUUCAGGAAGUCAU